AUGGCUUUAGGAAAUGAAGAAACUACCAUUCGGGCGUUGGCAACCAGAUUCUUUGAUGCCAUAGAGGUCGGCGACAUCGACACCAUGAUAAGCUCAUUUACGCCCGACGCCGAGAUUUGGCACAAUACCGACGAGAUGGUCGUCAGUCGCGACCAAACAGCUCAAAUCCUGAGUGGCAUGGUGCAGCGAAUCAAAAACAUCAAAUAUGCCAAUCGUCGUUUGGCGGUGUUUCCCGGCGGGUUUGUGCAGCAGCACGUCUUGGAGGGCAACCGGGUUCACGAUGGCGAGAAGGUCCGGUUGCCCUGUGCCUUGGUCUGUCGGGUCGAGAACGCUAAGAUCACAAGGCUGGACGAGUAUUUUGACAGUGCUCAUGUGGAGACUUUCAGGAAGUUUUCAUCACAAUCACAUGUUUGA